GAGAGCAGCGGUGGAUGAUCCGGGUUUUGAUUAGUGAUGCCUGGAUCCGACUAGACCACGCUGCUGCAGGAAUGGACGCCUUCGACUUGUUUCGAAAACUCGGAGCUGGAGCUAAAUUUGACUUCAAGAGAUUUGGUCAAGACGCUGCUCGUUUUAAGCCUGCCAGAUCUCAGGUAGGAGAAGAGUACUCGGAUCCCCUCUCUGCCAUUGAUUAUUUUGGAACAGGACCUGCUAGUGGAUCCCAGAGCUGGAGCCUGAAGGAGCAGCAGGAGAAAGAGGAGGAUGGAGAUAAGGAAUAUGAGGGGGAAGGGGACAGUGAAGAUUCAGGUUCUGGGGGCAAAAGGAAGCGCAGAGAAGAAGAAAUAGACAUAAGGACCAAGAAGAAGAAAAAGAAGAAAAGCAGCCCGAUGGAAGAUGAUGGCAGACUGCAGAAAGAGAUGCAAGGAAACGGCAUCACAUGGACCUCCUCAUUGGACAGAAUGAUUCAAAAUCUGCAGGGUGAUGAGAAAGACAAAUCUUCGCUGAAGAGGCUGAAGCAUCUUCAUCAGGAAAAGGUCAAUCGCAUUCGCUCUCAACACCGUAUAAAUGUGCACGGCUGCGAUGUACCCGACCCAGUGUGCACAUUUGAAGAGCUGCAGUCAGAGUAUCGUCUUAACCCACACAUUCUCCAGAACCUCAAAGACGCAGGUUUGAACUCCCCGACGCCGAUACAGAUGCAGGCCAUUCCACUCAUGAUGCAUGAUCGGGAACUCCUUGCCUGCGCUCCCACUGGAUCUGGAAAGACGUUAGCUUUCUGUCUCCCGCUGCUCACACGCCUGCAGCAGCCAGCAAACCUGGGCUUCAGAGCUGUGAUCAUCUCCCCGACAAGAGAACUGGCCAGCCAGACCUACAGAGAGCUGCUGCGCCUGUCGGAUGGAGUCGGGUUUAGAGUUCACAUCAUCGACAAAGCAUCUCUAGCAGCCAAGAAAUAUGGACCACAGUCAAACAAAAAAUAUGAUAUACUCGUCAGUACUCCAAACAGACUUAUCUUCCUUCUCAAGCAGGAUCCUCCAGCUAUUGAUCUCAGCAGUGUGGAGUGGCUGGUCGUCGAUGAGUCCGAUAAGCUGUUUGAAGACGGUAAGACGGGUUUCAGGGAGCAACUGGCCACCAUUUUUCUGGCCUGCUCUGGUGCAAAGGUGCGCAGGGCUUUCUUCAGCGCCACUUGCACACCAGAUGUAGAACAAUGGUGUCGCCUGAACCUCGACAACCUGGUUUCUGUCAACAUCGGACACAGAAAUACAGCAGUCGAAACGGUGGAGCAGCAGCUGCUGUUUGUCGGGACGGAGAACGGGAAGCUUGUGGCCAUGAGGGACAUCAUCAAAAAAGGUUUCCUGCCUCCCAUGCUGGUGUUUGUUCAGUCUAUAGAGAGAGCGCGGGAGCUUUUCCAUGAGCUGGUUUAUGAAGGCAUCAACGUAGACGUGAUCCACGCAGACCGCACACAGCAGCAGAGGGACAAUGUUGUGAACAGUUUCCGCUCCGGUAAGAUUUGGGUGUUGAUCUGCACAGCUCUGCUCGCCAGAGGAAUCGACUUCAAAGGAGUGAACCUCGUGCUGAACUAUGACUUCCCCACCAGCGCUGUGGAGUACAUCCACCGAAUAGGUCGUACUGGCCGAGCUGGACAUCAGGGGAAGGCUAUCACCUUCUUUACAGAAAAUGACAAACCGUUGUUGCGCAGCAUCGCUAAUGUUAUCAAACAAGCUGGCUGUCCUGUACCAGACUACAUGAUCGGCUUCAAGAAGAUACACAGCAAAGUGAAGCGGAGACUGGAGAGGAGACCUCCCAAGAGAAGCACCAUUUGCACAACUCCUCGCUACUUAAUGAAGAAAAAAGGAAAAGAGCAGAACAAAGGAAAGAAGCAGGCAUCGGGCAGAGACCAGAAAGGAGACAGUGGCCCUCAAAAAGCAGCACAACAGCAGAAGGGGGAGAAAAAAACAACAGCUCAGAAAGUGAAGAAAAAUAACAGAACCCGGAAAGAAGGAGAGGCAGUAAAGCACAAGAAAGUGUCACAAAAAGUGGCAUCCAAACCCUCAGGAGUCAAGUUUAAAAAGAAAAAGGGAAUGAAAAACAAGCCCAAAGGAGACUAGAGAAGGGUGGUAGAAGCAGACUGAUAUGAAAAUGGAUGUGCAUUUUUUCCCCCCUCUUGCCCUCUGAUUUACUGCUAAUUUUCACAUUUUUGCUUUGUAUUUUGGAAGUAUAAAAUAAAAGUUUUAUAUGUAGUUA